GAGCCUCCCCUUCGCCUUCUGGAUGCGCCGAGCUCCUCAGCUUGGCGUUCAGGGCCUUGCAUUGUCUGGUCCGUUUUCACCGGAGAUUCCAGCAACUGACAUUUUCUUCCCUUAAACCUGUUGGGCGGUUCAUUCCUUUGAGCCACUGUACAUGCUCUUCCUUCUGCCGAGCUCCUCGGAUGAUGGUGCACUGAGAAGGCAUCUGGAAGCCUGGGCCCUCAUGGCAUCCAACGAUGAAGGCAUGGCACCCUCGCUGGGCUCUCCCUGGGCCUCCCAGAUGGGGCCCUGGGAUGCCAUCCUCAAGGCUGUCAAAGACCAGCUCCCAUCUCUGGACUCAGACUCCUCUUUGUCGGACUAUGGGGAAGAGGAGCUGUUCAUCUUCCAGCGAAACCAAACCUCCCUGAUUCCAGACCUGUCGGAGGAGCUGGCUGAAGAUCCUGCUGAUGGCGACAAGUCCAGAGCCUGGGUCGCUGCAGCUGAAGAGUCCCUUCCUGAGCCAGUUCUGGUGCCUGCAGAAUUGGCCACAGAACCUGGGAGCAGGCAGAACACAAGGACAAAGGAUGCAUCCUCUCAGGAAGGAAGAGAUGCUGGCAGGCCUUUUGAAAGCUGUGGUGAGGUCAGCGCUCUUCUUGGGAUGGCCGAGGAGACCCCCAGGUGGCUGGAAGGCGACCUUGGAAGCCUGUCUUUCAACACCAAAGGAUCCCAGGGUCCUCCCUGGGACCCACAGGCCGAAGCCACUCUCUCCUGCCAUGAAAGAGACCCAAAGGCAGAGCCCCCCAGCACCGCCUUACAAGAAUCUGUGAACCGCCGGGCCCUCCGACAGGAGAGAAGGAAGAUGAUAGAGAAGGACAUCCUCCAGAAAGUCACCCGAGAUGCCUGCGGCCCGACCAGCAGUGACCAAGGCGGGGUGAAGGAGGCGCCCUGCCACGCUGUGGAGUCAGCUCCCAGAUCCAAAAUGCCCCUUGUGGAGCCUCCGGAGGGACCACCAGUGCUCUCGCUCCAGCAACUUGAAGCGUGGGAUUUGGAUGACAUCCUUCAGAGUCUGGCGGGGCAAGAAGACAACCAGGGAAAUCGUGCACCUGGAACUGUGUGGUGGGCAGCUGACCACCGCCAAGUUCAAGACCACACGGUGCCAAGCGCCCACAACAGGCUCAUGGAACAGCUGGCCCUCCUGUGCACCACACAGUCCAAGGCCUCUGCUUGUGCCCAGAAGGUGCCUGCCGACACCCCCCAGGACACCGACGAGGCAGAGUCAGGAAGCAGAUGUGCCUCAAGGAAGCCGGGCUCCCAGGCUGGGCCAGGCCUGCAGCUGGCCCAGGGCAUGAGGCUUAACACAGAGGCCCCCACCAUCUUUAUUGACCUGCGGCAGAUGGAGCCACCAGACCACCUGUCCCCAGAAAGCUCCAGCCACAGCUCCUCUGACAGUGAGGAGGAGGAGGAGGAAGAGAUGGCAGCUCUGGGAGACACAGAGGGGGCAUCUCCUUCCUCCCUGGGGCUACGGAGCUGUACCAGGAAGAGCCAGCUUCUCCAGCAGCUCAGGGCCUUUCAGAAGGGGACAGCCCAGCCCGAGCUCCCUGCCAGCAAGGGGCCCGGGGGUGGGAGGGCUCAGGCCCCUGAAGACACAGCUGGAUCAGGAACUGGGAGGAAGCAACACACGAAGCUCUGUGCCAAGGGGCAGAGUGCCCAGGCCCGACUCCCAAGAGGCAGGCCCAGAGCCCUGGGGGAUGCUCCUGAGCCAGGGGCAGCCGGGGAGGCCCUGAUGCCUCCUCUGGAGCAACUAUAGCUGCCUCAGAGAUCGGGUCUCACGGUGUUGCCCAGGUUGGUCUCGAACUCCUCUCAAUCCUCCUGCCUAGGCCUUCCACAGUGCUGGGAUUAGAGGUGUGAGCUGCCAGCCUGGCUUUUAAUGAACUUUUUGAAAGAGGAGUAACGAGAAUUUGCUUUCUCUUUCUCUUCUUUACCUAAGAUAGAAAGGCACACAUAGAUUCUUAAGGCCUUUGACCUUCGUGAAUCUAGACAGAAUACUGGAAACCCCUGGAAAUGCUGUCCUGUGUAGAAUGGAGCAGCGGCCUCACUUGUUGAUCACCAGCAAGAACUGGGGACAGCUGCUUGCCCCCUGCCAAGACCCGGCCCCUCCACAGGACAUGCCUGGUCUUCCUGGGUCCUGUUCCUUUGUCAGCACUGUCUUGCAGCCCCGUCUUCACAGGAUGCUUUUGUAACUGCUAUGAUCAGCCCUGACCUGGGCACCUGUUUGUCUCCCCAACCUUGUCUCCAGGAUGUGUCCCGCUGCCUGCCCCGUGGGAAGAGCAGAGAAAUCAUCACCACCUUGGGCCCCAUGGUGCCAUGGGCUCAGGCAGCACAGCAGGGCGCCGGGCCUUUGGGCCAGUGUCCCAGCUUCCCCUGUGGUUCACCCCUGGCUGCCAUGCUGCUGAGGAUGGGCAGGGGUCUCUUCGCAUCAAGCCUUGUACCAGGCAAAAGACAGGCCCUGCUUACUGGCCGCCAGGAUCAGGGCCACAGAUGUCUGCUCUCCAGACCCCACGUGAUCUGGCCACUGGGGACCCCCACCCAACCCCACUCCCAAUAAUGAGAGGCAUUUUCGUUACAAGUCAAAGGCAAAACAAGCUUCCAUAAAGUCCCAGGAGGUCCCUUCUGCAGGGCACAAGGCCAGGCUGCCUCCCAGCCCCCAGGCCCUCUCCCACCUACAGAGACCCUCCCCUGCCCCCUCUGUUCCGGGGCAUGUGCAGCCAGAACCGGGCUCUGCCCCCAAACUCUGCCCUUGCAGCCUGGCGGCCUCCGCUGUGGCUGCCUAGCUGUCAAGAGCCAAGGCUUUUUUUUCUUCAACCACAUUUUCUUCCCUUUCUCCCACCUUUUUAAUGCCAGUAACCUCAUUGAGAAUGUUUUAUAGUGAUGGAAAAUAAACUCUGUUCCAAGUUC